AUGGCAGCUUCCCGCAGCCCCUGCCUGCGCGGGGGGCUGCUCACCCUCCUUCUCCUCCAGCUGCCGGGGCUGCAUUCAGCUCAUUUCGACGUGGUCGUGCCCCCGGAGCUCAUCGUGGCCGUGGUGGGCGACGACGCGGAGCUGCCCUGCUGCCUGUCCCCGAGCGCGAUCGCGAACGUGAGCGCGGCCGGCGCGGAGCUGCGGUGGGUCCGGGAGCGGGAGUCCCCGGCGGUGCUGGUGCACCGGGCCGGGCGCGCGCAGGACGCGGAGCAGAUGGCCCGCUACCGGGGCAGAGCCGCGCUGGUGCAAGACGGCCUCACCCAGGGCCGCGUGGCCCUCAGGAUCCGCGGGGUCCGGGCCUCGGACGACGGGGAGUACCGGUGCAUCUUCAGGCAGGACGACAGCCACGAAGAGGCCAGCGUGCGCCUGAAGGUGGCGGCUCUGGGCUCUGACCCUCACAUCCACGUGGAAGUUCAAGGAAAUGGGGAGACCCGGCUGGAGUGCACCUCGGCGGGGUGGUUCCCAGAGCCCCAGGUGCAGUGGAGAACACCCGGGGGAGAGGCGUUUUCAUCCACGUCAGAGUCCAGGGACCCCAGUGCAGAAGGCCUGUUCUCCGUGGCGGCUUCAGUGGUCAUCAGGGACACCUCCGUGAGGAAUGUGUCCUGCUGUGUCCGGAACGUUCUUCUCGGCCAGGAGAAGGAAGUAGAAACUUCCAUUCCAGCUCCCUUUUUCCCAAGACUGACGCCCUGGAUUGUGGCCGUGGUCAUCAUCUUGAUAGUCCUAGGACUUCUCACCGCCGGGUCCAUCUUUUUCAUCUGGAGACUCUACAAGGAAAGAUCCAGACAGAGGAACAACGAAUUCAGCUCGACAGAGAAACUCCUGGAAGAGCUCAAGUGGAAGAAGGCCACGCUGCACGCAGUCGAUGUGACUCUGGACCCAGACACCGCCCACCCCCACCUGUUUCUGUACGAGGAUUUCAAGUCAGUGCGGCUGGAAGACGCUCGCCAGAGACUGCCCGAGAAACCAGAGAGAUUCGACUCCUGGCCUUGCGUGCUGGGCCGGGAGGCCUUCACCUCGGGGAGGCAUUACUGGGAGGUGGAGGUGGGCGACAGGACCGACUGGGCCAUCGGGGUGUGUCGGGAGGAUGUGGAGAGGAAGGGAUUCGACCCCAUGACUCCCGAGAACGGGUUCUGGGCUGUGGAGCUGUAUGGCAAUGGGUACUGGGCCCUCACGCCCUUGCGCACCCCCCUUCCCCUGGCAGGGCCCCCCCGCCAGGUUGGGGUUUUCCUGGACUAUGAAUCUGGAGAUGUCGCCUUCUACAACAUGACCGACGGGUCCCUUGUCUACACUUUCUCCGACGCCUCCUUCUCUGGCCCCCUCCGGGCCUUCUUCUGCCUGUGGUCCUGUGGCAAAAAGCCCCUGACCAUCCGCCCAAUCACUGAUGGGCUUGAGGGGGUCAUGGUAAUUGCUGAUGCCACCGACCCUUCCAUGGAGACCCCACUGUCCCCGAUGGGCGAGGAUGCUGCCCCCGGGGACACAGACGUGCCUCAUUCUAAAGCAAUCCCCACCCACCCCAGCCAAACGACACCUUAA